CACCGCCAAUUUGCAUCUACCGCGUUAACACGUAAUUGCCGCGCUGAAUUAUAAUUAUUAUCAAGUGUUUUUUACCUCUAAAAGCUUCUUAGAGAAACCAGGACAAUGAGAACGGAGGCAGCGGUCAGUUGUUUUCUGUUGGUAUUGCACAGCGUGUGCUGUCAGAGCGGCAGCGAGGAGGCCUGGGUGGAUCCGUAUCACGCCUGGUCGGACUUGGCCAACGAUUUUCAUCAGCCCGAUGGAUCGUGCCAGUGUCCAGCGAGUCCAGUGCUGUCUCCAGCGGCCAUGGAGGACGCCGUGGCCCUCACAUACUUCAAGAAGUUCGUCAAUCUGCUGUUUCAACGCAAGCGUUUGCGGUACGAUGCUCAGUCGGCGGUCCAUAAGCGAGCGCUGCUCUUUUCACUGUUGCCAUCGGAACUGGAUGAACUGGAGAAGGUGCAGGAUGCUCGGGAUAUGGACGUAUUGCUGACAAAGAUAUUGGAGAAUGCCGAGGAGGCUCCUUUGUCUGAUGGAAGGUCCGGAUGCUCAUACGUCCGACACGGUUUUUUCUACUUAUUGUUGGAUAUUAUCAAGGAUGUAAUUGAUCUGAUGAAAACGACCGAGGUGCAAUUUAUCCUAUAUGCAACAAUAGCAAUUGCACUUAUCGUCAUUGUGCACAAACGUUUCCGGAUCAAGGUAUUUUCGAUUGUUCUAGGAGGUAUUUUUCUGUGCGGAUAUUUUCAGACUUAUUUGGAAUGCAACAGAGAAUUAGACAUCAAUAGGAUGAUAGAGGUCGUAACGCAUCACCAGGAGCCAGAAAGUUCCUGGUUUUCUCGACUGGGAUCCUACAUAUACAAAGCCUCGCCAAACAAUAAGAAAAUAGAGAUGAUGAAAAAAUAUUCAAAAAUCCAAAUUUCUGUUUGCAUGCCAGAUGACGUGUUUUUUAUGUAUUUGAACAACCUAUUUAUAAAGCAAUUAGAAAUUAUGAUAGAAAAGGUGUCGGGAACUAUGACCAAACUAUCCACCGGAUUACCCUUCCCUUAUAACCUCCUUGCACCAGUCCUUUUGGUGUGUUUAGUGGGGUACAUUAUAAAGCUGUCCUUUAAAUACAUUUUGAGCCCCCGAGCAUGGGCGUCCCUUCUUCACAAGCCAGCGUCACCGGAGACACCAACGAUCCACCAGUCAAUUAAUGCGCGGGAGCCCAUAGAAGACCGCUUAUCGGGCGACAACUUAAAGAUGUUGCUAAAUGUAAUUAACGUGAGAAGUGUUUCACAUGAGUCACUACAGCGACUACCCGCCGUUUCGGGGGUGCAAGAGCUAGAUGAAGCGCACGAGUCUCCUGCCACGGAAAAAGAAAGCUUAGAUGAAAGCGAUUCCAGCAACAAAAGCAAAAGGAGUGUUGCUGAAGAGGAAGGAUUCACGCUGGUCGACGAUCACGAGGAUAAUAACAUCGAUAAUGUGUAGCGGCCGCAACUAAACUUAAUCUGUAACUUAAGUGUAAUGUCCGUGAUUUUUACCCAGUUAUUGGAGACCAUUAGUGGUCGGCGAAUAAGUCAAUUUUUUCAAUUUUUGAUUUGUCAUAGUUAAAUUUUUAUUUAAAUUAUUUUGCAUGUACUUCAUCUCAUUUGCGCGAUUAGUGUUAUUAAGAUAAAUCUUCAACAAUAAGAUCUUUUAAGUAGGCCACAAAACUGUUUAUAUUUUUUUCUUGUUAGUAUUAUGAUGCCGGCCCUUUAAAAAAUCGGAUAUAAUUUUUAUUUGUAACUUGUUGAUCAUUUAUAUUUACAACUUUGCGCUCAGGCGGUUAUUAAUAAAUAUUAUUAGCAAUGGGCGCUCGUUUUGUGAGUUGCAUAUUAAUUGAAUGUAAGCGAUAAUUAAAUAUUCGGUUUUCGAAUCUUGUAAAAUCUAAUUUAAUAUGUAUACAACUAAUAUAUUUAUAUAUCUAUGUAUAUAGAUCUAUACGGUGUGUGUAUAUAUUUGUAAGUAAAAAUUAGAAAAGAAUUUCGGUGUAAAUAUAUUUAUUCGUUGUAUUUUAAAUCAUGCACCUAAAAUGUAUUAUGCUUUAAUUACAAUUCAUUGGUUUUAUUAUUAUUAUAAUUUGUAUGCAACUAAGUAACUUUACGCAUUAGUGAAAUGUACUGUAUGGAAUGUGUAAUCCAAUAUACGGCACAUACUGAAUAGCCAAAACCCAGUUUGCUGUUCGUAAUUAAACGUACCUAAAACUAGAAAAACACGAAGCAGAACCCAAAGCACAGGCAGGCUAACUAUAAUACUCAACUAAGGCUGGCAAAUGGCAUAUCGUCGUAAUCGUCCAGGUCUAUGGCAAAACGAGAUAAUUUAUCUAAAUUGAUUUCACAAAUCUUAUACGCAAAUUGGUCCGCUAUCAUAAUCUUGAUUAAUAAUUUCUCUACUCGAAUUCAACAAUUGUUUUUGUUUUGUUUGGUUUUGUUAAGAUCUAGUGGGUAGUUUCCCCCUGCUGAUUUGUGUUGACGGCUGUUCUACUUAUUUGUCCGGCACUGCUGGACGGCGGACCAGCAGCCAAAGUUACCACAUCAUAAUUAAUGUAAUUACAUGCCCCUCUAUCGGCUAAUUGGUAUAGCAGCGUUUAAACUUUAAAGCAUAUCAUUCACUUAGUCCGAUUGGUAAAAUUUAAAAAACUAAUCCUCUUAAUAUCAAACAACAGCAAACUAUGCGAAACAAUUUGUUCAACUCCUACGCCUACGCCUACGCACAAGCCAAUCAACUAUUUAAAUAACGAAUACCACAAUUGGGAACGGUUUGUGUUUAAGUUUUACGUACGAUACAUCCAUACACACAUAUGGGUGGUAGGUAGGUAGUUAGUAAGUGUUUUAAAAACAGGCAACUUAUAUCCCAUCUACGCUACUGCAAAAAUGCACCAAAUGCUCUUCAAAUAUCCUUCGAUGUACGCGUUACUUGGCUCAAUUGAUGAAUGCGAAUGCAAUUGUACUUAAACGUCGUGAUUUUGACUUAGGCUAACUCUCUGACUGAACCGAUCUUUACGGAUUGGCUGCGACCAAGAAUGUUCAAGCUGCUCAAUAAAGUUCAGCAAAUAAGUGUAAAAUUGUACAUACACAUUUAAUAUAAUACAAAAAACACAAUGCCAUUGCGAAUUUCUUCAUGUUUUACGGACUGUGGGCUGUCGGAGUUGUUGGCCAUGAGUAUUUUAUACAUUAGCUUAUGUGGCGAUCGGGGCGAAUCGUCCGAAUCUGUAUUAUUCUGGUUAGGUGGUAAAUAGUUAAACAGCAAUGAUAGUCAGGGGAGGCAUCGGCCAUUUCCGGCCAUUUGCGGUCAUUUCCGACCACUUCCGGUUCCGGAUGCCUCACGAUGGUCUCUGUGGCGAUCACGGAGAAGUCUUACGUUGAUGGAUCCAUGUA